UUAGCCCUGUCAAGAUGGCGGCCCCCUUGGAGCUCAGUUGCUGGGGAGGGGGCUGGGGGCUCCCAUCGGUUCACAGCGAGUCCUUGGUGGUAAUGGCUUACGCCAAGUUUUCUGGUGCACCCUUGAAAGUCAAUGUCAUAGAUAACACCUGGAGAGGUUCAAGAGGAGAUAUACCAAUUUUGACAACUGAAGACAACAUUGUUUCUCAACCGGCAAAAAUACUAAACUUUUUAAGAAAACAGAAAUAUAAUGCUGAUUAUGAACUCUCAGCAAAACAAGGGGCAGAUACACUGGCUUACAUUGCUCUCCUUGAAGAAAAGCUUCUUCCUGCAGUGCUUCAUACAUUCUGGGUUGAGAGUGAGAAUUACUUUUCUGUGACAAAGCCAUGGUUUGCUUCCCGCAUUCCUUUUCCCUUGAGUCUGAUCCUUCCUGGAAGAAUGUCUAAGGGAGCGCUGACUAGGAUUCUCCUGACCAGAGGACAGCCUCCCCUCUACCACCUCCGAGAAGUGGAAGCACAGAUAUACAGAGAUGCCAAGGAGUGCCUAAAUCUUCUGUCAAACAGAUUGGGGACAUCUCAGUUUUUCUUUGGAGAUACGCCUUCUACCUUGGAUGCCUAUGUGUUUGGUUUUCUUGCACCUCUUUAUAAAGUACGCUUCCCCAAAGUUCAGUUACAAGAACAUUUGAAACAGCUCUCCAACCUGUGUCGCUUUUGUGAUGACAUCCUCAACAGUUAUUUUAGGCUCAGUCUUGGAGGCAUCUCUCCCGCUGGACAAGAAACGGUAGAUGCAAAUCUGCAGAAACUCACACAACUUGUAAAUAAGGAAUCCAACUUGAUUGAAAAGAUGGAUGACAAUCUUCGCCAAAGCCCUCAGCUUCCUCCCCGGAAAUUGCCAACACUCAAAUUGACUCCAGCAGAAGAAGAAAGCGAUUCCUUACAACGGCUAUCACCCUGACAGACAUCAUGCCUUGUGUCCAAAGUCAUAUGAUUGUUGCAGUAAUCUCUUAUACUAAGUGUGUGAAGACAAAAAGAAAAUGCCAUUAAUAAGUAUAGGAAGACUCUAAAGCAAGAGAGACUUUCUAUGACAUCUAUUUUUUUAAAUUAGGAAGCUUGUAUUUUAGCUUGGCAAUGCACUUUAAAUACCAUCAAAGUAAAUACUAAAUGAACUUGGGGAGAAAAAGAAAACAUUGUACUGUACAUAUUAAAAAACAAACAAACCUGCCUUAAUUGUGGCAGAUUUUUGCCUUUGGUUCACAUGUUGCUGACCAAAAGCUACAAUUCUGUUCUGAAUGUGCACUCUUAAUUUAUUCACGCUAAUUUAUUAAUUUAGUUUUCUUAGACCAGUAUGAAUAUCUAAUACGUGGUUCUUUGGCUGAGGCCAUUUCCUUCUGUUUAGAAAUUUGAUGCCCAUUUUAGACAUUAGGAAAAAUAUAUUAUCCUAAUAUUCUAUUUACUUCCAUAGGAAAGCCUGUAUUUAACUGUAAGAAGCAAUGAGGAAUGUGCUUUUAAAUUAUGCUCUCAUAAGACUAAUCUUUUGGGGGUUUAGUACCAUAUAUAAAUAUUAAAUGUGGUUAUACAUAAUAUUUAUCUGACUAUAUGCACUUCAAUAUUACAUUAGUAUUUGCUGAUGUGUUCAAUCUAGGUUAGUAAGGGCUCUUUUAGUUUAUUGGGUGAAUGUGCCAGCUUUAGACCUAUAUAUUUGUAGUAUAUCUUUAUCUCUCAUCAUCUCUUUCUUGGAUUGAUUUCAGGAGAACUGAAUGUGUUGGCAUCGUUACUAUGCCAGGCUGUAAAGUCUUAUUGAAACAUGCCCCAUUCCUAGACACUACUCAAAAGGAACCCCCACCAGCAAAUAGAAGUACCUACUGUGUGCUGGUCCAAGAUCAUCAUGCUUGGCUUAUACCGGUGUUCUUUCAUAAGAAGCAUAUCAUGGAGUCAAAAGUUUUAUGACAACUAUUUUUAUGUAGUUUAACUACAGAUGAAGGAUCCAAUGGAAUAAUCGGGAAAAGCAGUACAUUUUUAAGCAUAUUUUCUACUUAUUGGUUGCUGAACUGUUAAAGGAUUUGCUGUGCAAGUAAUUUUACUUACAAUAAAAUCUUACUUUAGUGGCUGAGGUGCUUCUGUUGUCCUAAAGCCACUUCUGGGAUUUUUAAAAUAUAGGACCAUAUUUUUGAUUAGUGUCUUAAAAGAUUACUAUGGUGCUCAGCAAAUCGUAUCACAUUCUGCAGAAACCCACAUGUUCAGAAAACAGCUUUGUAGUUCAGACUCGUCUAAUUUGAGCUGAGUGGAGCUCAGCCAUGUUUGACCUGCAUUCUCUCAAUUUGUUUGGUAUUUAGGUAGUCACUUACAUGAGUCUUCAAGUCCUUGUAAAUAUUUCUUCUUGAAAGUAAGAAAUAACGGUGGUCUUCAAAAUCUUGUUUAUGUGUUUGGAUGCAUUUAGGGAAAGUAACUAUAAUUUCUGCAACAGGUGUGAGAGAGUAUGUGUGUGUGUAUUUUAUGCGUUAAUGUUUUAUUAGUUUCCAACAAUCUGAAAAUCCGUAUGAAUACUCUGCAUUGAAAAUCAUGACCAGAGAAUUCUAUUGUCCUCUAGGAUUGAUAAUGUAAAUUGGAUGUGGUUGGUUAGCACAUUAAUCAGACAUCUGUUUAUGCUUCAGCCAGGGUUAGUCAUUUUCAGUUAUGAUUUAUAUUAAAACUUCCAAAAAACUUUUGAAGUGAUUUACAGUUGUCAAACACAUGUAAAACAGGACAAUUAAAGUUAGUUGUGGAGUGGGAGAAAGAACUAUACCCUUAUAGCUUAUAAAAAUGAAUGGUAAAUUUAAUUCCAAGUUUCUCCAUGGGCAAAGUCAAAAGAUAAUACUGGAUUAUGUAAAUUUUUGUGUCAAUAAAACUAGUAA